AUGGCUACCCACGGAGUGCCACCCAUUAUGGAUGGCUCCUUUCGAAAUACUCAAUAUCAAUCGACCGGCCAAUUAUCCAGGGAGGACGGAACCACCGCUCGAAAUUCGUGGAACGAUGAAUAUAACCGGGACGAAGCACGACAGAACGGACCACAGCAGGAGCCUCAGCAUCCAGCACCACGACCGGUGAAUAAUAGAAAAAGCAACGACAGCACCAAUCGGAAUGUUGCAGUGACAAAUGACAAUACCAAUUCCAACGGGGAUCGCUACAACAACAAUAAUAAUCAAGCCCAAAAUCAAACUGAGGAAGAAGAUGCGGCUGCCCAUCAGCCGUGGUUUCGUCGUGUAGCGGAGAAAUACGGUACUUUGGAACUGGAGAAUAAAGGCAGUGUUGCACGAGAUCACCUCGCUUUGGAACGCACAUUCCUCGCCUGGCUUCGAACAUCUCUUUCAUUCGCAUCCAUCGGUAUCGCAGUCACACAAUUAUUCCGUCUCAACAGCUCCGUAUCCUGCAGUCCAUCGCAACCAACUUCUACCGCCUCUUAUGUCGAUAAUUAUUACAACAACAAUAAUCAAAUACAGAACCCAUUACAAAACCCGUUAAGAUCGUCGCCAUCUCUCCUCGAAGUCCUCCUCACUCCUCCUUCGUAUCAAUCAUCGCUCGACACGAUAGGUCUCUCGGCAACAACAACGACAGGCAACAGAGGCCAAUACCGAAAUAUCGGCAAACCCCUCGGCGCAACAUUCAUCGGCAUCGCAAUCCUCAUUCUGGUCAUUGGGUUUCAUCGUUACUUUGAAUCUCAAUACUGGAUUGUGCGUGGAAAGUUCCCCGCGAGCAGAGGGAGUGUUGCGUUGGUGUCGUUUGUCGCGGCUGGAUUGGUGAUUUCGAGUUUUGUGGUGAUAUUGGUUGUUGCGCCUAAUUCGACGGAGUUGUAA